CAACCUGGGCAUGAGCCCAAGUCGUACCGUUGUCAGUAGGCCCUAGUAGGCAUUCAGUCUUUUCAGUCCCUGGAGAUACGACGUGACUUUCUUUUUACAUAUUUUUUUCACCAAGUAAGUUCCUACGAGUCCUGUUACAAUGAGCAACUCCCGCAAAGAGUCCGGCCGCCAGGGUGCCCGUUCCAACACCGUUCCAACUGCUUCGUCGCUGAGCGCCGCUGUGUCCCAGCUGGAGGCCGAGGUCGACCGCAUCAACCGCUUCUUCGAGAGCCUUGUGGCUGGCAAUGUGCACGAAGUGUCCUUCGCACUGGACCUUGGAGGUCGGGAGCGGGCGCGUACUCGCUCCAGCCGCCGUGCAGCCGACGGCAUUGUUCCAGAGGAGAUAAUUGACUUUUCGGAGUGGGAGCCAGUCCCAGAGGUACCGCUUCAUAGAGGCUCGGGCAGGUAUUUUACUCCCGACGCCAUCAUAGACCUGUCCGAGCCUCACGAGAAUUCCAGAAGCAACUCACGCCACCGCCGCCGUCGCCGCCGCCUUGCCGACGAGAUCUUGGAGGGCGAUGCCCCAGAAACCAGGCGCAGCCGCAGCCGCAGUGGCCAUCGCCGUCGCCGCCGCAAUGAUGAGCCGAACGCGGAGGAAGUGAUCGAUGUGAAUGAGGUGGCCACCCCGCCGAAGCGUCCCCGCGAAGAGGAGAUGGAGGAGGAGGAGGAGGAGGGGGAGCCCGGCUGUUACAAGUGCCCGGUCUGCCUGGGAUGUGCGCGCGGUCACGAGCCGGUCGCCACAAAGUGCGGCCACAUCUUCUGCCGCGAGUGCCUGGAGCACUCGCUGCAGAAGGUCAAGAGGUGCCCCAUCUGCUUCACCCGUCUCACCAGGCGCCAGUACAUGCGCAUCUAUAUCUAAGUGGUGCCGUCGCCGGCUCAUUCUGUUCUAAAAUUCUAUUCGGAAAUCCUACUUGGCCUCUACGUUUACAUUUUACAUUUAUUUUUUAAAUCUUCCGGAAAAGAUUCGCUUUCUCAGACCACACCCAGCUGGAGCCAUGUCCAAGGACAUUUAUGGCAUCUCUUCGAAAGCCAUUCCGGAAAAGUGAUUUCGAAUUUUUAAAAUAAAGGACAGAGUACAGGA